GAGAUGGAGAGAGAGAAAAAUCUGAGAUUUCAAAAAGGGGAAAAACAAUCCCAACCGCUACCAGCUCAGUAAUUGAAAUCGACACACAAAGCUAUGUGUUAUCUAGGCUGCGACGAGGAUGAGACGGAGGUGGCGCGGCAGCAGGCGCCGGGAUCCUGCCCCUACUGCGGCGGAAAGGUGCAGGCGGUCGAUCUCACCAGCCGGUGGCGGUUCUGUUUUCUUCCGAUUUGCUUCAGAUUCAAGCGCAAGUACUUCUGCUCGCUCUGCUCCCGGCGCCUCGUGUUGUACGAUUUCUAGGCGGCGAUUUAGAUCGCAAUUUUUGCGAAAUUUAACCGGCGAUUAUUCGUUGAUUGAUUGUUAAUUGAAUUUUGUGUAAUUUUUGGCGCCGUCCGCGGCGGCGAUGAGGCGUUGCGGCUGGGUAGAUUUAGAUCUGCCGGCGAGGAGGUGGCGCUGAUGUGUGUGAUUCUUUUUUUUUUUUUUAAAUGUGAUGUGUUUGUGAAUGUGUAAUUGUGCAUGGACUGAUUCAAUUGGGAGAGAGUUCAUCAUUUUCUUUAUCUACAUUUGAUUUUGAAGAGAAAUGUAUAUAUUGUCUGUA